CCACUUAACGCGAUCGAAGAAAAUGGCUGCAGAAGUAGCGCUGUCAAAAGAUCCUUUUAACGCUACAGAUAUCGAAUUUGAAGUGGACGAUUUUGGAAAGGAUGACCUCGAAGAAAAAGACACUCAAGGAUCAGAGAGCAUUUCCCUUGAAAGACCGAGAGCGUUGUCUGUUUCUGAUGUUUUGAGUCAGCAUAUUUUGGAGAGGGAUAGCAUGGCCUCUCCGAUUGUCAGGGCUUUUACACGUAGUGCAAUUAACCGGUGGAGAGGUAACGUGGAAACGAAGAUAACACGAAGACUGAUCGAGGUGAAAGCUGAGCGUAAGAAACGAGAUGCAGAAACUAAAGAGCUUACCCGGCUUGUUACUAGAACAGUUCCUUUGGAUGUUUUGGCCAGAGACUGGCUUAACGACAACGAAAUUAGUUCGGAUGUGAGAGUGUAUUUGGUGGAAAACCUCAUGCCAACGUUAAUUCUAGGGGUGGAAAAACUGCUGAACGAGGUUGAAAAGAGAGAUUUGGCAGAUUCUGAGGGGUUCUGUCCAGACUUUAAUCCCAUAGAUUAUUUGGCUCAGUUUCUUUUGAGAAAUAAUCCCAGAUAUAGUAACUUUGCUGAAGCCUCACCAUAUGCAAAGGGUCUGCGUAAAGUAGUGGAAGACCUCAAAAAGGAGGUUUUUUCUAUGGAAAAUAACAAACUUGCUAAGCUCAAAGCUGAUGCCAAGAAGAGGCGUGAAGCAAGAGAAAAAGAGGAGAAUGAAAAGAACAGGGAAAACCGGCGGCGCUCCAUAGCAUUAGAGGAGCAAUUUCCAGAGUGGACGGCUGACUGGAAUGGGGUUCUUCCACUGUCAGUUGUUCAAAAUGUGCUGAAAUCUUUUGAAGAAGUCGCCGCAAAUCUUCCGGAAGAAAUCAGAAAAGGUGCAGCCUUUCUUAUUCCUCUUGAAACAACAGACUCCACUGACAAAUUGGUGGAUCUUAAACAAUUUAAAGAAUAUAUUCGUCCAUAUGCUGGAAAUUUGUCCAAGGAAGGUUUCAAUGCAUUUAUUGAACACUCAACUCGCUGUGCAGCACACUACAGAAUAGCAACUGUGAAAGAAGCCAUGAGACUUACAUUGAGGAACCUUUUCUUGAGCUGUGACAUGAAGAAUGCUGGUCACGUGGACAGAAAGCGUAUUUUGGAUAUAAUGUGCUCAUUCUAUGAUAAUGCAUUAGAAGCUGUAAGGUCUUCUCUACAAAAUCCAAGGAAGUGGCCAGUUUUAGAAAUAGAAGAAACCACAGAUGAAGAUGAAGAUGAAAAGGCAAAGGGCAAAAAAGGUACUGGGACAGGUAUAGAUGAGGAAGCCAAAAUACAAGAAGAACAAGCAGAAACUGAAAAAAAUGGGCAGAACGAGAAUGCCAGUGAACCAGAACAAUCAUUAGGAGAUGCAAAAGAGGAGGGGACUCCUGCAGAAGAAGAUGCUGCCCAGAAACCAACAGAAGAGGACGAGAAAGCGCAAGAAGCUGAGGAAGGAGAAGAGCAAAAUAUUGAUAAAGCAAAAGAAAAAGCUGGUGAUGGAAAUGAUUAUGAACAGAUAGAAGGUGAGAAAGAUGAUAAUCAAGACAAAUUGCAAGACAGUGAGGUUGAAAAAGAGAACAUAAAGCAAAAAUUGUUAGACAAUGAAGAAGAAGACAGAAAGCUGCUGGAAUCAAUCCCUGAUGAAAUUGAUGAUCAGAUGUCAGAUCAGGAAGACACAGAAACAUCAGCCAGCACACUGCCGAGACCCAGGUCAGCAACUGAAGGAUCAGCAUUUGAUGAAAAUUCACUUAACCAGCCACAGUUUAUACAUCUGCUGGAAAAGUUUCUUGGAAAUACACCUAUCAAGCAAGUGUUUGAUGACCUGGUCCGUUUCGUAAGAGCCAGUUAUGUAGAAACAGAUGACGAACGAAUGGCAAGAAUAAACAAGGCUCGUUUAGAGGCUCGUUCAGCCAAGAGGCGUCGGCAGGUGGAUCAGCUCUAUGAAUUGUGGGAUGUGAACGCCUCUGGGUAUCUGGAACUAGAUGAGAUUCAAGUUGUGUUGAACAAAUGGCGCUCGGAUGGAAUUGACAACUUCAAGGAAGCCCUGAAGGUAUUUGGUGAAGUGGACAAUACCCUAAACAAACGCACCUUCCGUGAGUGCAUUGAUGCUAUAGUAAAGUCUUUUCCAGAAGAGGACGUGUUUGACUCAUUGAUCCACUUCCUUACCACAAGCGUGGAGCGGUCUUUCGAGGAGCGCAGGCGCGGUGAUGCACGAAAACGAUGGAUGACGAUGAUUGAUGCCGCUGCUCAGACUGGCGGCGCGCAACUCGAUCCAGUCUACCGUGCGGUGUAUCAUGUACUUUUUAAAGACGCGGAUGAGUAUGGAAAAGGGAAAAUAUUGAGUUCUUCAGUGAGCAUGCUUGAAAACAACGAUGACCCGAGCCAAAUGCACCGCGGUGAGACAGUACUAAGAUACGUAUCCAGCACAGUGGAUGAUAUUCCAUACGUAGUGGGCAAAGUUUUGUAUAGAGAUAGAGAUAUGAAGACAGUGAGUUGGACUGCAGUGGACUCCGGGAAGCCAAUCCAUGUGCCUAAGGUGUCUACUCACUCUGGAGUAACGCUAUGGAAUCCUGCUCGGAGAGAAGAGGGAGGAGACGGUUCAUUUAUUGCACUACCACUAAAGGAUCAUGAGCGGCGAGUGAUCGGUAUCCUGGGUAUCGACACGUUAGCGGACCCUCAUAAACCAGUGUUUAUCACACAUGAGAUCAGCUUUUUCCAGGGUGUGGCCAAAGCCUUGAGUCAGGCCAUACAGUUUGUAGAUAUUCGUCGGAAAACCCUCCGAGUUGCUGAGUCAGCAGUGUCUUGGAUCUUACGACGGAGUCCUAACGUGCAGAAUGUUAAUGUUUACUUAGUGGAACCUGGAUUUAAGCCAUCUGACGGUUUAGUCCUGCGCCGAAUGAUGACCCUGGCUCAUAACGGGGUUAGUCAGCACUACACAAGUCCGCCAAGGCUGGACAGAAGAGACAACCUAUUCAGGGACUAUUUGUUUAAAUGCGUGGAGAGCUCAGAGACUAUAACAGCAGACGCGUAUGGGGAACGUCACAUGGCUUUUCCCCUCAGGGACGGAGAAGGGAGAGCUGUAGCCGUUGUCGACAUAAGUAUCGGUGAACUAAGGGCACUUCCACCGCACGAGAACAAGGAAAUACAGCGCAUGCUCAAACUGCUAGCGAAGGCGCACAGAGAGGUGGCUCGAGAGAUAACCAGUGGAGCGGCAGAGAAAAACAUUGUGUUGGAGGUGGAAAAAGAGUAUGAAGACGCUCGUAUUGAUGUUUUGUUUGACCGACUAAUGCUGCUGGACCUGAGAGAGAACGUGGGGAGACUGGACGCCAGAGCUUUCGCCGAGAUCAAGAGCUACAAGGAUCCGCCCAAAGUGAUUCACGAUAUUCUUAAAGCAGUUUUAGGAAUCUUCCAUACAGAUAUGGAGAAGCAGGACAAAUUCAACGAGUGGAGCAUGUGCAAACAGAUGGUCAACCCUGAUCUGGUUCGUCUGAUUACAUCGUACGAUCCCACAGCCAGGGCUAACACUGUUAAUGUGGAUGCUAAAUCCUUAGCUGGAAAGCUACAGGGUGUGCCCCAAGGUGCAGUGGCGAAGCACGGUUCAUUACCGGCUCAGUAUCUCUUCAAUUGGGCUUUCGUUUGCUUGUCUCUGAUUGAACACACAGAGAAGAUGUGUGAAACACGCCCGGGAAAAGUAGUGAGCCCGCAGGCUAAGAGCGAAGUGGUCACCGAUGUUGGAAAGGGAAGGCCCUCGCCUCAGGAUACAUGGACGCGGUUGGAAACGACCGCGUGAUUCACUCUUAUUAAUCUAGACAUCAAUUUUUUGAAUCAAAGAUCCAUCAUAAAGCAACCACGCAAAGGUAUUCUGACGAAAUACGGUUGAGAAGGGGGAAGAUCAGCAAGGAUUACGAGUAUAGGACUUAAAAAUUAGGCUAAAUCGUUUUAAGUUGCACAUACGGUUGCAUGGUCUCAGAACCGGACCUCUCAUUUUGAGUCAGCUGCCUCAGAGCAGAGAGCAGGAGAGUGUAGAUAGGUUUGACUUAGAGUUCCUAUAAGGAAGUUUACUUAAUUUAACAGCGUUUAUUCUCAUCUACGGCAAGUGAUGAGCUUUUAAUGGGCUAAAGGUGGAUCACAGCAACAGCAACAACAAUGAGAUCGACGACAACAACAGCAGCAAAAACAACAACUACUAAAACAAAAAGAAAUGGUAAAUAACACGAUUGAGCUUUUUUGCGCACGGAAAAAGUAUACUUGGUCUUGUUGACAUAGAAAAAAAUUCUUCCGCAGCAGAUGUGUAAGCUUGUGGUUGAUACUCAAAUAGCUUUUGCUCGUACGUCGUUUACUCAAUUCCCUUCUGCCAUUUCUCUAUAACUAUCUAUUGUAAAGAGGAGGACAUUUAUCACGUUUUAUACAUACCAUAUAUAUAUAUAUAUAUAUAUAUAUCUACAUUUUUUACUAAUCACAGACAGUUUCUAUUUAUGUCUAUUUUUGUAUCAAGAGUUUGUCAAGUGUGGAACGAGCAACUAUUUUGUUUAGAGAUUACAACGUGUAAUUCAGUUAUAAGAUUGUUUCACGUGUGUUAAUGCAUGGUAUGACCAAGGAGCGAGUUUCCAAUAAAAAUGACUUAGAGUAACUAA